UCCGGCCUUGACACUGAGGGCCGCCUCGCAGACACGUAUAUAAGAGGCGCGCGGCACACUGAUCGACAUUCCUCCCUCGACACCACCCGCUGCAACAUGAAAUUGAUCAUCCUCGCCGCUAUCGUGGGCGCGUGCGCCGCGGGUGCGCUGCCGCCGUUCGUCGCGCCUCAGUUCCGCGUAGCGCCCGCGUACUACGCCGACACCAGGCCGCGGGCCUCGCUCGAGAAGAACGCCGCCAUCAUCAGGUCCGACUCGGAGGUCACCGACCAGGGAUUCAGAUACGCUUACGAAACUGAGAAUGGUAUCCAAGCGGACGCGGCGGGAGUAGAGGCGGACGGUAUCCAGUCGGAGGGCGGGUUCUCGUACACGGGCGAUGACGGUCUCGUGUACGCGGUGCGCUACACGGCCGACGCCAACGGGUUCCAGCCACAGGGAGCGCACCUCCCCACGCCGCCGCCCAUCCCUGAAGCCAUCGCCAAGUCGCUGGCCGAGAACGCCAGGGAUGAAGCCGCUGGCGUAUUCGACGACGGGAGCUACCACGACGCGAAGUACAACCCGCUGGUGGAGGCUGCGCGCGCGCAGUACGCGUACCAGCCGGGUAGGUUCGUGCCGCCCUUCCACCGCCGCUACUACAACAAGUACUGAACACGACACACACACGCCUGCUAGUGCCAUUCUACAUCUCUAUAUAUAAGUUUGUACACAGUGAUCUUAAUAAAUGAUUACAUUUUGUA